AUGCCUUCCCUUGUCUCCGAAUUCAUCAUCAACCCUGUGCUGCGACAGGCCCGCCGCUUUUCCGAGAUCUCCCGUGCAACGUUGGCCGGCGAUGAAGAGACGCCAGUAGUUCCGCCCGACGCCGUCCACGACUCUGAUGAAGCCGACGAUGUCGGGCAGCAGGGGUCCAAUGCAUCGCCUGAACGACGACGCUCCCGGCCUCUGAGCUCUUCAACGCAGGAGACCAUCGUGGAAGAAGUCCCGGCCGGACCAGCCGCGGGCCACGGACCUGUACUUGACCAUCUUGGCUUCCCGAUAACACCGCCCAGAAAUGCGCCGACCAAGAGCGGGCCCAUUCCCGAGGAUGAUGGUAUGCGAGAGCUGCGCACCCGCAUCCAGGAGAUCAACGCCCGGGAGAUUCCAUCUAAUGAAAAGGCCAGGCUCAUGCACGAUACCCUGCUGGAGGGCUACCGUGCCUCUGUGAUCGCCGGCUCGCCCCUUGCCAAAAGCGAUUCGGAUGACGGAUCCAUCGGCCAGACAUGGGAGCUUGCUAGCCCUGUCGGACCUCUGGAGUCACUGAAAUACUGGCAGAACCAAUUGAUUGGGGAGCCGUCCGUCAAGGAGACGUUUGUCUUGAGUGAAAGCGACAUAGCCCCGACCUAUGCUCCCGUCCGGCAUUCAAGGACACCAAGCGUAACUACACCAACGCACUCGGCUGCUUCGCUUACUGAAACUCGAGGUCCGCUGGGAUGUGAGCACUACGAGCGGAAUGUGAAGCUGCAGUGUUCCACCUGCAAAAAGUGGUAUACCUGCCGUUUUUGCCAUGACAUCCAUGAGGACCACACGCUGAUCCGCAAGGAUACAAAGAACAUGCUCUGCAUGCUCUGUGCCACACCUCAGAAGGCAUCUGAGGCUUGCAGCAACUGCGGUGUAGUGUCGGCGCAGUAUUACUGUAACAUCUGUAAGCUUUGGGAGAAUCGUGCCAAUAAGCCCAUCUAUCACUGCAAUGACUGUGGAAUAUGCCGUCGGGGCAUGGGGCUUGGAAAAGAUUUCUUCCACUGCAAGACAUGCCGAGCCUGCAUCACAACAUCAAUCGAGAGCUCUCACAAGUGUAUCGAGCGAUCAACAGACUGUGACUGCCCAAUUUGCGGAGAAUACAUGUUUACAUCGCCGAAGCGGGUUGUCUUCAUGGCGUGCGGCCAUAGUAUACAUAAAAAGUGCUAUGAGCAACACACGCGGGCCUCGUACAAAUGCCCAAUUUGCAACAAGAGCCUCAUGAAUAUGGAGACGCAGUUUCGCAACUUGGACCUAGCCAUCCUGAGCCAGCCCAUGCCGCCGGACUUCCGUGACACCAAGGCCAAGAUUCUGUGUAACGAUUGCUCUGCCAGAAGCACAGUGGCAUACCACUGGCUCGGACUCAAAUGCUCGAUAUGCCGGUCCUAUAAUACAGUGGAGCUGCAGAUCAUGGGGCAGAAUGCAGAUUCGCUCCAGCCUGCAGCCGGUGAUCAGCCUCAGGCCGCACGGGAGGCUGGUUCGGAAGAAGCGGUACCUGGAGCUCGGCGGAUCUCGAUUACAACAGGCUCGCGGGUGCCCAACAGGAGGCGACAUUCCUCCAACGCACCAGAGCCUCCAUCACGCAUACUGGAAAGAUAUGCGCGGUCCAUGUCGCCUUCUCACAUGAUGAUGGAUAUACCGCAGGCCGCCCUUGUGGAAGUGGAUGGAGAGUCUGAUGAUGACAUCUUGGGUUUCUGGAGAGGUGGUGGGGAUGACGAAGAUGAUGAAUCGAGCGGAGAUGAAUAUGAUUCAGAUGAAUCGAGUGAGGGCGACGCUCCAGAGGCAGAUGAUGACGAAGAUGACGAUGAAGAUGAGUUCAACUUGAUCGGGCACAGGUAACAAAUCAAGCUUGCGGCUUGAAUGAAUGGGCCUUUGGACUUGGUGAGAGCAUGUGGAGGCUGUUAAUGAGGCAUGACGACAUACGACAACACUUUGCCAUUCACAAGGGGCAUUCUAUGGAGUGGAGUUGGGCAAAUUAAGCUUUUUGGUGUUUAUUUACUUGCUUUCUGUUUGUUUUUCAGUUUUGGGAUACCAUGUAUUUCUUUUCUUUUUCUUUCUUUUUCUUGCUUUCUUCUUGCUGUUCCCUUUUCUUUCUUUCCGUUUCAAGUCAUUUUUUCUUUGACGGAGUUCUUCGGGUUAGCACGACUGCAUGGCGCUUAACAUGGUAUUGCAUCAUCAGAAAAAGGGGGAUCAUGGAAGAAAAAAAAAAGGGAGAAUGUCACUUUUGCAUAUGGAAAUUGGGUGUCAUUGGGGCAAUGCUCCGUCAAUUUAAUAUCUACCAUGUACAGUAAUAGUCGUCAAAAGUGGUAAUAUAGUAUUUGUACACG